AUGGUUUCCAGACACUACUUGGUUUUGCUUCUCUGCUUUUUGCUGCUGCUUCCUCUUUUCCCAGCUGCAGUCUUCUUAAAGCAGGAUCAGGCAAACAGCUUGCUGAAAAGACAAAGAAGAGCGAAUAGCCUCUUUGAAGAAUUAAAAAUAGGAUCGCUACGACGGGAAUGCUUUGAAGAAACGUGUUCAUAUGAGGAAGCCAGAGAAAUCUUCGAAGAUGAUAAAAGGACAAUGGAAUUCUGGCAGAAUUAUGUUGAGGCCAACCAGUGUGACUCUGACCCCUGUCAGAAUGGUGGGACAUGUGUUGACCAUUUUCAGGCCUAUGUUUGCCUUUGCCCUGAGGAGUAUAAGGGUAAAAACUGUGAAAAAGGUCUGAAUGACAAACCGACGUGCAUUAAUGAAAAUGGUUACUGUGAACAUUAUUGCAUUGACAGUCCAACCAUGAUACGACAAUGCUUUUGUGCAGAGGGUUACAUACUAGCAAGUGAUGAGGUGUCCUGUACUCCCCAAGUGGAUUACCCAUGUGGGAAAAUCCAUGUUUUGGCAAAGCAAAGCGCAAGUCCUCAGGGGAGAAUUGUAGGUGGUUAUGUCUGUCCUCCAGGUGAAUGUCCAUGGCAGGCUCUGAUAAUAGAGAAUAAGAAAGCAAAGUGUGGGGGUUCCCUGCUGGGACCAAGCUGGAUAGUUACUGCCGCUCACUGCUUAGAGAACACACAUCCCGAACAGCUCCGAGUAAAACUGGGUGAAUACAGAAUAGAUCAUGAGGAUGAAGGGGAGCAAGAAAGGAAAGUUUCUGAAAUCAUAAUGCAUGAAAAAUACAUUCCACAAACAACGGACCAUGACAUUGCCCUGCUGCGCCUGGAGGCGCCUGUUAACUUCAGUGAUUAUGUGGUACCGAUAUGUUUGCCUGAGAAACAGUUUGCAACAUCUGAGCUGUCCUCCAUUAGGUUCUCCACAGUGAGUGGAUGGGGGCGUCUAAUAGAAGGAGGUGCUACUGCUGCUGUUCUUAUGAGAGUUGAUCUGCCACGUGUAAAGACACAAGAGUGUAUACAGAAGGCCAACUUAAAUAUUACAGAAAACAUGUUCUGUGCAGGAGACCUCAGUGGGACCAAAGACUCCUGCAAGGGGGACAGCGGUGGACCUCAUGUCACAAAGUACAAAAACACCUCAUUUCUGACAGGGGUUGUCAGCUGGGGGAAGGGGUGUGCUACCGAAGGCACUUACGGGGUUUACACAAGGGUGUCUAAAUAUCUCGAAUGGUUGAAUAAUCACAUGGAUUCAUAA